CAGAGCUUUAGCAGUGCUGGGUUAAGCAAUGUGGCAGCUUGUGCUGUUGAGCAUAGCUGAAGGUCAUUCAAACUUCUUGGUUCAUCAGGGCAGCAGGCAAGUCAUCUCGCUGGAUCCUGCGCCAGCGAGAUAUCAUGAACAGUCUCAGGACCAUUUCGAUGCUGCCAACAACAAUACAUGGCUGCAGGCCUAUUAUGUCAACGAAAGCUUCUGGAAGCCGGGAAGCGAUGCACCCAUAUUUCUUUGUGUCGGGGGUGAAGGUCCUGCACUGGAUGCCUCUGCGGUGCAGCAGUCUGUCCACUGUAACAUUGCAGUUGAGUGGCUGCAGGAAACAAAGGCCUUGAUGUUUGCAUUGGAGCAUCGUUACUAUGGCUGUCAUAACAUGUCAGCUUGUCCUGUGAAGGAUUUCAGUCGGCCAGAUGCCUUGAGUUUCCUGACCUCGCGACAGGCGGUAGAAGACAUUGCGUCCUUUGUGAAGGCCAUGAAUGCGAAGUAUUCUUUGAAGAGGAAUUUGUGGGUCACUUGGGGUGGCAGCUACCCGGGGAUGCUCGCUGGCUGGUCCAGAUUGAAACAUCCUGAACUCAUCCAUGCUGCUGUGGCUUCCUCGGCCCCAGUCUUUGCCACAUUUGACAUGCCCCAGUACUGCGAUCACAUGUCCUUCGCCUACACGGUCUCUCAUUCUGGAGUUGGUGGAAGCGAAGCGUGCAGGGACGCCAUCGGCACAGGGCAUGCCUGGAUUCAGGAGCGCUUCCAAAAGGGCGACUUCCAGACCGUGGUUGAGAAGUUUGGACUUCAAAAUGACAGCCUGUCGUCCUUGGAUAAGCGCAUUGCUUUUGCAUCAACAGGUGUGGCCAAUUUUCCAGCGCAGGAAAAUGAUCCACUGUGCGAGGAAGCCGCGUGCAAUAUUGCCAAGGUCUGCCAGGUAAUGACCAACACUUCCCUUGGAGACGAGGUGAGCCGCUUGGUGACUUUGCGGCAGCUACAGGGCAUCCGAACACUCUCCCAGAAGGGUCAGGUGCAGGCACAGCUGCUGUCUGGUCUGCCGGGCCCAUUGAGGAACACCUUGACUGGCGUUUUGCCGCAAACUGGAGCGCAGCUGCCUGACUUCUGGUUCUACCAAACCUGCAAGGAGUUUGGUUUCUACCAGACUUGCGAGGAUGAUGAUUGCAUGUUCGUGCGUGAUCUUGCGAAUGCCAGCUACAUGGCAAGCCCAUGCAUGAAGCUCUUCAACAUCACGCUUGAGGAUGUGCAGUCGAACAUCGAUUCCACGAAUUAUCAUUACGGCGGGUUCUUGCCGAGCGAUACCAAAGGAAAUCUGGGGAGGUGUGUGAUGUUUCCCAACGGCGAGAUUGAUCCGUGGCAAACUUGCAGCGUACGGCGAGCUCCUGACCCUGAUCUGCCCGUCCUGAUGGUGGACGGAGCGUCGCACCAUGCCUGGACCUGGCCCAGCCGCAGUGAAGACCAGGAGAGUGUGAUGACCGCCCGGAUGAAGAUCCGGCGGCAGGUGGAUCAAUUCUUGCGGAUGGACUGUUCAGAGGUUGGUCAGCCUCACUCGAAAACGACCAACUGGCUUCUCAUUGCUGCAGUGGCUGUUGCAGCCAUUGCCGUGCUGGCUAUGGUCAUUGCUGUGGCUGUACGCCGAUGUCGAAGACCCCGCGCAGUUCUCCUCAACCAGUCGAACAUGAGCCUCCAGCCGCAAUGAGAAAAGUGGCGCCGGGCUACGCCAGGAUCAGGGCUAACAAGUGGUGAAGCACUGGAAGGACCAUGAAGGACAAGUCACGUGUGUGUGUAUAUAUAUAUAUGGUCGUGCAUGCAGUCCGAUUACCACCGUGGCAGGAACGGACAAAUUCAGCCUACAAAGAUUUUUGAGUUUGUUGAGUAGGCAACCAAUGCGUUGAACUGAAGGACAAGCUCUUUCAUGGGUCUGCUAUAGCAGCUUUUCAGGCCUGUGUUUUGCAUGCUGGCGACUUGGAAAGGUCUCGAGCAGAGUGCAAUGAAAAAAAA